UGCAACCUUAAAUAUAGGGAAGUAGAUCAUUAUAGCUGAACAAAGAACAUCUGGAUCAUCAGUGAACAAUAGCAUUCAUUCCACAUUACAUAGACGCCACAUUAUAGUAGGGGCCAAUACCAGAGCGUGAAGCGAUAAUGUCGGAAACAAUGCCUUUGAGGUCGUCAACAACUAAGACGAAGUAUUCAACAACCAAGGAACUCGUUCCGAGGAUAAGUACACGGCACGCCCUCCUCGCCCUCCUCUUUGCCAUCCACCAAACCACCGCCUACUCCUCGUCCUAACAACUCCUUUCCAAAACAGCUUACCCAGCCCACAAAGCCGCCUCUAAAACAGCGUCCACCGCCCACCAUGUCCUUAGCCGUCGUCUCAUCCUUUACCGCACCACAAGCACAAACGCAGCUGAGCAGCGACGACUACAGACAGAGUCUCAUGAUCGAGUACGCGUACAACACCUACCAGUACGUGAUCACGCCCGGGGAGGCGACGGAGAUCCUGGAGGCGCCGUACUGGGACGACGUCGACAGCUUCUGCCAGUACAUGCUCGAGGUCAACUUCGGCGAGGCGGUUCCGGGCGCGAGUAACGUGAAACUCCCUUCCACGAUGCGGAUAUACACUGACGAGGAGAUUGAGGCGGGUAUUUUUGAUGAUGACGAUGAAGAUUAUGACGAGAACUAUGAUGACGAUGGCGGUGAUGAUGAUGAUGAAGAUGAACAAAGGCCAAGCACCCGCGAAGAGCAGAUCGUGAGGUACGAGAUCCUCGCCAGCGAUUACAUUGAAGACAGCAACGAGCGAGCCGACAGCGCACCCGUUGUUGUCGACAUUAGCAAUGACCUGCUGGACUUCGAAGGCGAAGUCCCCGACGAGGGCAUGUUCGACGGCGAGUGUCUGCCGACCUACACGCACGAGCUGCUGCCCGCCUACUACAGCUGCUACCCCGUGCGCCAGCUGCCGGACAUCCUCUCCGCGCUUCGGGAUCAGGCGGGUGAUGCCUCUGGCCGUGAAGCGGGAGCGACGAUGCAGGGAGAUAUCCCGCGGAACGUCGUUGUUGAGGAUGCGUACGAGGUCACGACGCUUAGUUCUGAGGGUCGUGAUGAUGAUAAGUCUCGGGAUGAGGAGACAGAAGCAGAAAUUAGGCGCGACUCGAGGCUUGACAUGAUGGGGAAAUUUCGCGCGCGAGUUGAUCGCAGGUGGGAAAGCGUUAGGAGUGGGCUUGCGCGGGGGCUUAAGAGCAUAUCGCCGAAGAAGGCUCUAUCCCGGACACGGGAGAUCACGAGUAAGUUACAAGGGCGGAAAAGGUGAAGUUGGAACUAUGAGUGGAGUUUUCAUUUGUUACGGUAUAGUGAAGGGUAUAGAGAUUUUCAGAGCCACUUGCGGUUCUUAUGGGUACGAUUUAUGGUUUCACGGUUACGUUUCUUAUGUUU